UCUUAACCUUAAAGGGCAAAAAUCGAUCCUUUUUGGUGUUGCAAUAAAAAAGUUCGACCGUCUCGCUAGGUUCAACUUCAACGUCUCUACACUCUCUUGGAACUCAACACAGCAACAAUGGCGAGCACCAAAGUUCAGAGGAUUAUGACUCAGCCCAUUAACUUGAUUUUCAGGUUUCUUCAAAGCAAAGCUCGGAUUCAAAUUUGGCUUUUUGAGCAGAAGGAUUUGAGGAUUGAAGGUCGAAUCAUUGGUUUUGAUGAGUACAUGAAUUUGGUUCUGGAUGAUGCUGAAGAAGUCCACAUCAAGAAGAAGACCAGAAAGUCAUUAGGAAGGAUUCUUCUCAAAGGAGACAACAUAACUCUGAUGAUGAGCACAGGGAAGUGAAGAUUCAUCCUAGCCGGCCAUUUAUGUUGGUGUUAUGUGGAUUUAGACUAUGCUACUAUCUUUAGAUACAGAAUGGAUUUCAUGUAUGAUGAGAUGCUCUAAUCGAGGUUUUAUGCAGUAGAUAGUCAUUGGUAUUAUUGAUUAUUCCA